GCGGUGGGGGGGCGGGUACAGUCAAACAGACGCAGCUCUCCUGCUGGAGGAGCGCACAGAGAAAAGCGCAGUCCGAUAGAGCAGCGGUGACGCUUUAUCUUCCCUCACACAUCUGAACGCACCAACACACACACAGCCUCGCUUUUCCACACACACCUUUACAUAUUAUCAGGGGAGUUUUGCAGACAUCGAGGAGUCUUUCAUGAGAAAAGUCCACAAACUAAAGACAGAAUGGAUGCUUCACAGCUGCUGUUUCUGCUGCUGCUCUACGGAUACCUGCCAAAAGUGUCAUCAGUGCAGAUGUGCGAUGUGAUGAACGACAUCAGACUGGAGAAAGAGCGCUGUGAGAAUAGCACCUAUGGGAACGUCACUUCAGGUUGCCAAGGCAUGUGGGACAUCAUCGCCUGUUGGCCUUCAGCCAGAGUCGGAGAGGUGGUUACAAUAAGCUGCCCCACUUACUUCAGUUACUUCAGCGACGAGCACAAAGGUAACCUCUCCAAAACCUGCACAGCAGACGGCUGGACUGAGAUGCAUCCCAUUGACAUCGCAAUGAACUGUGGAUAUAAUCUCAACAGCACCAGCGAUGAUGGCAAGUUUUUCUGGCAAGUGAAGAUUGGCUACACGGUUGGCCACAGUGUUUCCCUCAUAUCUCUGACCACAGCCAUCGUGAUCCUCUGCCUCUUCAGGAAGCUCCACUGCACAAGGAACUACAUCCACAUGCAUCUCUUUGUGUCAUUCAUCCUGAAGGCCAUCGCUGUGUUCAUCAAGGAUGUUGUCCUCUACGAGGUCGGGGAGGUGGACAACUGCUCUUCAGGCUCUGUUGGCUGCAAAGUCGUGAUUGUGUUCUUCCAGUACUGCAUAAUGGCCAGUUUCUUCUGGCUGCUGGUGGAAGGCCUUUAUCUUCACGCAUUGUUGGCUGUCUCUUUCUUCUCCGAGAGGAAGUAUUUCUGGGCUUACAUUCUGAUCGGCUGGGGAGGUCCAACAAUUUUCAUCACAGCGUGGAGCAUUACUAAAGCCUACUAUAAUGAUGUGGGGUGCUGGGAUAUAAUCGAGAACACUGACGUCUUCUGGUGGAUCAUUAAAACCCCUAUUUUGGCGUCAAUCCUGAUGAACUUUAUUCUAUUCAUCUGCAUCAUACGAAUACUUCGCCAGAAGAUCAACUGCCCAGAUAUUGGAAGAAAUGAGUCCAAUCAGUACUCGAGGCUGGCGAAAUCAACGCUGCUUUUGAUUCCUCUGUUUGGAAUCAAUUUUAUCGUGUUUGCAUUCAUCCCAGAGCAAGUGAAGACUGAGCUGCGUCUGGUUUUUGACCUGAUUCUGGGGUCGUUUCAGGGCUUUGUGGUCGCGGUUCUUUACUGCUUCCUCAACGGAGAGGUCCAAGGAGAGAUCAAGAGGAAGUGGCGGAGGUGGCACCUGCAGAGAUACAUGGGCUCCGACACCAAAUACCAACAUCCAUCAAUCGGCAGCAGCAGCAACAACUUCAGCACCCAGAUCACCAUGUUGACGCGAUGCAGCCCGAAAACACGGCGGGCUUCAGCUUCCUGUCACGACGACCUGUCUAGCAUAUGACGCACACAGACAGCGAUAUGUGCUGUAAAAAAAAUACUGUGGUGCCAAACAUUAGGCAGACUGUGAGCUCUAGAAUAAAGAAAUACGCACUCCCUCAUUAGCAAAUGCAUUCUUGGAGGAAGUGCUACUUGAGUCUGAUGUGAACGAAGGAAAGUGUUGAGACAGCAGACAAAAAGAUAUAAGAAAAUAGUGUGAUGGCUUCUAAGCAGCUUUUAAUCUCCACACUUUUUGAAAAAAAUUGGUUGAAGUGACAAAGAUACAAGCGCGUUGCUUUGCAGACACAGCUUUUGCACAUUUAAAUGAGAACUGUUCACUUUUUUUGUAUUCCAUGAUUCAGUGCACAUGUACAGGUGAAUUUGUGAGUUUUACCAUUACGGAUUGUUUGGUCAGUUGUUAUUAGGCUCCCCGUGUGCUCAGACACGAUGCAAGGCAAAAUGUCACAUAAUAAUGGGGUUAGGUGAGGGAAUCUAAAUGUGAAUGGCACCAGCAGCCUCGCACUAGAUGUAAUUACGCGCUGAUUAAAAAUCACUUAGUGGAUUCCUGCAGUGCUAAAUGAACAAGGCUGGUGCGAAGACACAGCCGUUUGAAGAAAAGGAGCUGACGCUUUCCAACAGGGAAUCACAUUAUUUACAUUGUUACAGUGUGCAGCGACACCACGGGCAAAGAAAACUACCAGAAAUGCAUUAUGGGGGGAGUGUUUGAAUGUGAGUGGUGAGAGAAAAAAAAACACAUUUUAAUGCAUUUUUAUGCGACUAAAAAGAACCAAACUGUGUGUAGGAACACAGAAAAAAGUUUUUUCCACAAAUGCCAAACGAAUGCAGCUUCAGACCGGGUGACCAGUGUGAUGCUGAUUCACAAUGAUGGGUUUGGAGUAUAAAUGCCCUUCUCUGCACUAUCACUCUCACCAGAGACUGAUUGCCCUUUGCCUUCCCUUCUAUCAGCACAGCCCCUCCUCUUGUGUGAUUCUGAGUCUGUCGUAGGUUUGUUUUCUGUUAUUUGAGGCACUGUGGCAGUUUUGUGCCAAUCACUGACGAGUGGCUGGUUUCAGUGUUUUGAAGUGACACUUUCAGUCGAAUCUUCACCGGCUGCUCUGGAGAGGAAAUGCCUUAAAGCAAUUCAGUCCUUGAAUGUUUACAUUCAUGUGGGAGGUGUCAUUAAACAUCACACAGAAAAACAUGUUGUUGUGCCAUACCGAUCGUAUUGUGGCUCCGAUAUCAGUAAUGUUAUUGCUGUUUAUUGCAACAUGUAGGAUUUAAAGGAAUAUUUAAACAAGCUUGUUUAUGUAGCAGUCUGUGGCUAAAUGCUAACAGCUAAAUAAAAGGCACUGCAUUACACUUAAAACACUCCUCAGACCUGUACAGAGAAGCUGACUUGGUGCUGCUUCAGUAGAUCCUAAAUUGUCAGAAUCUCUUUCAGAAUCCUCCGUUGGUUUGUCAGGUUUAAGCUGACAUGUCAGUAGAGCCGCUAUGUAAAGCAAAGCAAGGUGACAAGGAUGACUGGUCCUGUCACAGCGAUGCUAUAGUUAAGCUUUUCAGCUUAUGAGGUUGGACUUGAAAGUCACUUGCAUGUUCAUGCAAGAGGGAACAGAGGAAGGUCCGGCUUUGCCUGGAGGAAAAAAAACAUAAUCCCAACCUGCAUCUGAUAUAAAGGGUCAGACUACCACACCACUACCACUACCAUGUGAAAUUAAAGGGAAAUUUUGCAUUUUAUGUGGAUGUCCAGUUAGUGUUGAUGGUAAAUGUUGUCAACUGAAGCAAUGAAUUCCUCAGUGUGUGUGUUAUACUGACCAAGAAUGCUGAGUUCUGCUGUUUGCAGAGCCAUGGAGACAGUCCCAGUACCAGGAUCCACUGCAAACAAGCUUCUGAUGCCCAUUGCCAUUACUUUGUUAGCCAAAACAGCGUAAAAUGAAACAAUAGUCAAUGGUUGGAUGCCAUCUCGGCCCUGCUAGGCUUAAUUAUGUUUUCCAGCUUAUCUUCAGGAUCCUGAAGACUGUCUUAAGCCCAGUCCAGACCAGUGAUUCGUGCGGAGACAAAACCGCUUUAGAACGUUGCAGAGAAAGGUUGCAGUGGUGUGAACUGGCCGGCUGAUGGUAUCACCUGCAACUCAGCUGGUCAGAUCGCAUCAUUGUCAAAUCACCCAUGGACUAUCUCAGGGUCUGUGUUGGCGACAACAUCCAACAAAAACUAUUCACGCUUUAAUUCAUUGUAGCGGAGUGAUUCAGUUUCUGUUGGCAUCAGAGGGCAAUUUGAGCAAAGGCACCGCCAGUCGGUGUUUGCUCUCUGCAGCUCAGGUUCUAGAUGGGGCUCCAGCAGCCAGAUCCUCCUGCAGCCACAGCCUCAUUUUUUCAACUAGAUUCUCUGGUUCAAAUAAAUACAGCUGAAUAUCAGUCAGCCAAAACACUUUAAAAUAUAUUCUCAUCCAAAGCCAAUUUUGCUGUUGGAAACAUACUUAGUUUGCAAUACAAGCACAGAGAACAAGGAAGUUCUUUAUUUGAGUGGCGUCAAGAGCACGGUUCCCAGCUAGUCAGAGGAGAAAUCAAAGCUAGAAUAACCUGUAGUUCUUCCCUGCUUCCAAAUGAAGCUCUAGUGAAAGUUAGUCAGGAAGACAAUACUCUUCAUGCUCAGGCUCUAAGUUUCCUCCACUCCUUGCACGCAUGCUCACUCACUAUCUCUACGUAUCAUUGUCUGAGUAGGUCAAUUGACUCAUCAGCUGAUUCACAAUCAACCAGUUCACACCUUCUCUGUCAGCCUAUCAUCUCACUGCUCCUCAUUUUAAAUAUGGUUCUUCCUCUGCUGUAAUUCUUUCUCGCUGUAGUAGUCAUCACCACCUAGUUUUUACAGAUUCAUCAGCCUCAAAUGCCUCAGCAGUCAUCAGCCUCAGAGUCAUCGGCCAGCACCUCCACCAGUGUCUGGAGUCCAUGGGGAGAUUUAUCCUGCUGUCGCUCAGAUGUCCCUUGAUCCCAAAAUAUCUCCCUCUGGGGUCCAAGUGCCAAAUAAAAGACUUCUGUUAAAUCUUAAGCUCAUAUUCUGUAUUAAAUAUUAUCUAUACUUCAUUCUUCUGUCUCCUGAUUGAACUAUACCCCUGUCACAUCUAAUGAUGGCGCUAGAUGCAGGAAGAACAACAGAUUUUGCUGCUGAGAACUCGUCUUUCUUGGUCAAUAUAGCAAGCAUCGAAGAAUUUAUUGCUCCAGUGGACUUCAUUACCAUCAACACUGACUGGACAUCUACAUAAAAGGUGGUGAACUUUCCCUUUAAAUAACACACGUUAAUGUUGAUGAACAUCAAAGGCCUUCAUAGUGUAUGGGAGGUUUUGCUUGUGAUAAAGGCUUAAGGGAGCAGUACAAUGUUUUUGGAAAUAUUCACUUUCUAGUAAACAGAUGAAAAGACUGAUACCACUCUCAGUGGUAUCAGUCUUUUCAUCUGAUUCUUGGCAAGAGAGCAAGUCGGCGUAUUUCCCAAAAUGUCAGGCUAUUCCCUUCAAGACUCAUUAUCCCACAUUGUUUUGUGCCUGUCUUCUGUUGUCAGUAAAGUUCAAUGUAAUUGUGUGAAUUUGUACCUCUCAUAAUGGUGAAUGUAAAUACAUAUGUACAUAUUGAAGUAACAAUCUAAAUAUACAGUGUUUUCAAGUCACGGGUAUAGGUGAAUAUACAGUAAUCUUCUCGUGUUAAGGUGACCUGGCAUGGUGUUUUGUACCAGUGAGACAAUAUUAAGAAGUGAUAUUGAAUCAAGAAUCAUCCAAUUGUGCACUUACAAUAAGUAUUCAGUAUAGAAGCAUGUGUAAUAUAGAUUUGUUUAUUUGCAAACUGGAUAUUGUGUUGUGUAUAUUUAAGAUUUGUUUGUUGGUAUAAUGUGUGUAACACUGUUGCAUAAAAUUGUGGAGCUACAAAUGUACUGUCAGUAUUUAUUAUAGUAAGUUUUUAUUUCUGCUCACAUAAGACCACUUCUUUUGUCUAUUAAUAUUAUUAUUACUGUUACUAUCAUCAUAGUUAAUUUUGUUAUACAGUGCAUGUAAAGACUUGUGUUGGCAGGAAAUUUAA